AUGCAAACUACGAGUCAAAAACAUCCAACUAAAUUAGAUGGACAAUCUGCUUCAGCUUAUGCAACUGUUGCCGAUGGUGCUCAUGUGCAUAAUUCAGUGAAAAUGAAUCAGUUGAUGGCUAAAUUAGGUUCAACCCAUUCACAAAUUGAUGACUAUUCACGUAAACGAAUCGAACAAAUUAGUGAAGAAGUAGCAGCUUCUAUAGCAGAAAUUAUUGCCGAAACACAAUUUCAACAACUAGCAUUACUACAAGACGCUAAUGUACGAUCAGCUGAAAGUGAACUAGAAUAUAUAUUAAAAUUACAAAGUUAUGUUAAAGAAUUGGAUGGGGCUAAAGCAUUGAAUUUAUUAACAUUAGAAAAAGAUUUAAAUACAUUAGCAAAAUGGUUACUUUUGCCGCGGUGA